GCAGUGCGACGCGAACGCGCGGCCCGGCACCAUGCUCUCUGCUGUCGCACUGCUAUACCUAACGCACAUCACAGUGACAACACUAGCCUUCAAAAUCACCGGGUUCCACGUGCCUUCUGUUGUCACCCCCGACCAACCUACAGCUGACAUCGAGUGCAGCUACGAUGCCAAUUUUACCAUCCUCAACUGGUUCAAAGGCCCAACAGAGUUCUUCCGCUACAAACCUGGCUCGGCUCCUAGCACCAGAUCGUUCCCAGUACCGGGUGUAGGGACUAUAGACCUUAUCGCUUGCGGGCCAACUGAAUGCCGCUUGAGACUCGGCCAUCUCACUGAAGAAGCCUCCGGACUCUACAGAUGUGACCUGGAACUAGACAAGCCUCCUUACAAAUUCGAAACGAGGACGGCUUAUAUGAAAGUGUACAGACCUCAACGACGAAAACCAAUCGUGGAAGGUCUUGCAACAGAAUUUGGAGAGAACGAAGAGAUGAAGGCGUACUGUCGCGCCGAACCCGACGCUGAGAUCCGUUGGUACGUGAACGGCAAAGAGAUUACGGAUCUCAGAGGAAGCCGCAGCUUUAAGAUGAUCAGCAAAGAAAUCCUUUUUAAAGGUCUCUCUCAGCCUACAAUAGUAGUGCAAUGUGCGGAAUACAUUGAUGGCAAAUUAAUAGGCUCCACGGAAACACCAGCGAAAUGGAUUAAAUUCAGCAAAUUGGUAAAUCAGAGUAGUGUUGAGUCUUGUGCAUCUGAAAACAAAACCAAUGCCGUUAGAAACUAUUGUAACUUUUUGUUCAUGGUCCUUUUUACCAGUUUUAUUUUAAAAUAAGUAACGAAUUUUAUUUUUACUUGUAUUUAAGAGUUACCUUAUCAUACGUUCCUCAUUUUUUAAAUAGGUAUUUAUUUUAUUUUUGGUAAUAUAUGAGAUAUAGAUCGGUGAGAAACUAUUAAGUAUUAUAAUAAACGUAUUUCUUUAAAAAUAUUUUAUAUAUUAUACAAUGUUUCAGGGGCGUUCAUUAACUGACCAUGUGUUAUGGUGUGUUUUUUUUUAUUUUAUCAUGUGAUGUACAUAUUAUUAUAAUAAUUACGACAUG